AUGGAAUUGGAAUUACGGUUAAUUUUUAAAGCAGUUGGUUUCUUCUCCUUGAUAAUAAUUGGAAUCCCGAGUAAUGUGAUCAUUCUGGCUAUUUUUACACAAGUUAGAAUCACAGAAAAGAAAUUGUUACCUUCAAAUACUGUUCUCACCAUGUUAGCUUUGGUUAACCUUCUUGUAAUAUUUUCUAAAGGCUUUCCACAGGCUAUCCACUCUAUAGGUAUCAGGAACAUUUUGAAUGACUUUGAGUGCAAGUUCAUUUCGUUCACAUAUCGAAUCUGUCGGGGGAUGACCAUAUGUGUCACCUGCUUAUUAAGCUGUAACCAGUGCAUCAUAUUGGCUCCUCCCACAAAGACUUGGCUUUAUUUAAAACAAAAGGUUCCAAAUAAUAUAACAUGGAUCAUGAUGUUGCUGUGGUGUAUCAAUGGGGCCAUUUACCCAUCCUGUUUUAUCCAUGUUCGUGCUAAAGGCAAUUACACUACUUCUAAAUACACUCUUCAUCUGGAAUUCUGCAACCAUGACUUUAUGAGCUUUAUUUCAUAUGUUGUUAAUGGUAUAGCUAUUGCACUUCGUGAUUUCUUUUUUGUUGGUAUGAUGACUUUAGCCAGUUGUUACAUUGUGUUUGUACUUUAUCAACACGGGAAACAAGUUCAGGGCAUGAGAAGUUCAGAUAAAACCAACAGAAAGACUAUGGAAUACAAGGCCUCUCGCGCAGUAGUGCUACUUGUCACCAUUUAUGUAGCACUUUUUGGAAUAGACAGUUGUAUUUGGAUUUAUACCUUAACAGUGUCAGAAGUCUCUCCAGUAAUUUCGGAUGCUCGAGUCUUUUUUGGUACAUUAUACACUGCUCUUAGUCCAAUAGUAAUCCUAAAAACAAACAAAAAAUUAAAAACAGUCCUGCUGUGUAAUACGACAAAAGGGCUUUUACUGUUUUCAGAUUCAAGCAUGAAUGACACUUCUCAGUAA